AUGGACCCUGUCUGUCAUAUUUUUCUUCUUCUUCUGGCCUUCCACAAGAUAAACCCAUCUGUUUCAUCUUGCAUCACAGGAUGCUCUUGUUCCCAGGACAGCUUUGGAAGGAGUUUGCUCUGCAUGUCAGCACUGCUGAGGCAGAUCCCUGCAAAUAUCCCUCAGGACAUGCGGAAAAUUAGAAUAGAAAAUUCUCACCUAACAGAAUUGCCUCGUGGGUCUUUUGAGAACGUCAGUGCCUUGGAGUAUCUGUGGCUCAAUUUUAACAACAUCACAGUGAUGCACAUCAAGAGCCUGGAAUAUCUGCCAGCUCUGAAGGAGCUGCGCUUGCAAGGGAACAAAUUAAGUUCGGUGCCAUGGACAGCAUUUCAAGACACCCCGACUCUGAAAAUCCUGGAUCUGAAGCACAACAGGCUGGAUGUCCUUCCAGAACACGCACUCCGCUACCUGCCCAACCUGACCUACUUAGAUCUAUCCUCAAAUCAGCUUACCAUCAUAUCCAGGGAUGUCUUCUACAACUGGCCUGUGUACCAGAGAAGCCAGAGGACGGAGGGGCCGCUGGAAGCCAUUUCCAAUGCCGUGCUGGCCCUCCAUGACAACCCCUGGAUUUGCGACUGUCGCCUGCGCGGGUUUGUCCAGUUCAUCAAGUCUGUGGGCCCACCUAUUAUUCUGAUGAAUUCCUAUUUAACUUGCUCAGGCCCAAAAUUCAGGACAGGGAAGUUUUUUCACGAAGUGGAGCUUAACAGCUGCACGAAGCCCCUGACCUCAGCCCUUGACACCAACCUGACAGUCCCAGCAGGGUUAAACAUCACCCUGACCUGCUUUGUGCAAGCCAGCCCUUCCCCGGCCGUCUGGUGGACCUAUGCACUCAAACUUUUAAGGGCAUUUAAUGCGGCCCUGGGGCCCGAGGGCUCGCUGCUGACGCGCUCACCUCUGCCCGCAGUGUCCACGGAGCCCGUCAGCGAGGACACCGUGCGCUCGGAGCUGCUGAUCCCGGCGGCACGGCCGGCGGACGCCGGCAACUACACUUGCACGGCCGCAAACUUCCUGGGCAACGCCUCGGUGGCCAUCAGCCUCCGCGUGGUGGCCCCGUGGGCGUCCACCACGGCCCGCGGCUGGGCGGCCGCGGCGGAGCCGGGCGCGCACGUGGAGGUGCGCAUCGCCAAGCAGACGGUGUACGGCAUCACCCUCGAGUGGUUCGCGGCGGCGGCGGCGGAGCCGGGGGAGACCUGGUACACCCUGCUCGUGGGCCGCUACGACGCCGCCCAUAAGGACACCAUCUACAUCGGGCCCGGCGUCAACACGUACUCGGUGACCGACCUGCUGCCCGCCACCAAGUACGAGGUGUGCGUGGCCGUGCGCAACCAGGCUCCCCGCAAGGGCCAGUGCGUCGUCUUCGUCACGGGCAGCGACGUCAGCCAGAUGGAGCAGCGCGAGAAGCUCAUCCACAUCGUGGUCAUCGUGUGCGCCAUGGUGCUGGCCGUGCCGGCCGGCAUGUACGCCUGCACGGCCGAGGCGCUGCCCGGCUGCCUGGCCCGCUGCCCGCGGGAGCACCGCCGCUUCCAGCAGGCUGGGGAGCCCCGGGAAUGGAGGUGCCCGGGCUGUCCCUGCGGCACUGUCACGGAGCAACGCACACUGACGCACCGAGAAAACCAACACUGA